AUGGUGCUCGGAAUCGCGAUGAUGGCGGCUAUGCUGCCCACUAUGAUUGGAUUGAAGGAGGCUACUCAAGGGGGCCGCGAUCAAGAGGAGGCACGUCGCACUGGGGCCCGCAAGCAGCGCUCUCACUUAGUAGCCACUUGCUCCAUCACCCAGGGCACUCCGGAGAUGCGGUCACAGGUGCACAAUGCUCAGGUCCAAGUGGGUCUGGACGGCAAACUCUACAUCACCAAGCAUCCUAGUGCCACAAUGGUACCUUUUAAUGGGGGAUUCUAUACACAUCCAGACUUUCCCCCAAAUAAUACGUCAGGGAUAGUGACUAUCAGCGGUGAAGAGGCGCCAGCUCUUCGUUGGGUAUUUCUCGAUGUCAACACACAUGAAAUGCGCUGGGGUGGUCGUCCAGAUUCUCAGGGCCAUAUAUGUGGACCAUUUGACUGGACCAAAGAUGAGCAAUAUGUGACACUUCAAGGAUGGGAGGGCUUUUUGGCAGUCCAGUUGCCCGAGGAUGAAGUCCAGGAAACAGCGGAGAAGGAGUUGGGUGUUCAUGCCAAUGGGCGCGAAGUUUGGCGAUUAUAUUUCGAUGAGAAAGAUAAUGGUGCCGAUUUACCGGUAGGGUCUAAGGGGCUGGAAAUCCAGCUGAAGAGAACGACAGCCGAGUCAUGA